AUGCACCUCUUGAAUUAUUUUCAAGGUAGACGCGUUACCAAUGGCAUCUCCCCAAAAUCCGUCCUCAUAGUCAACAAGCUCCGGACUAAGCCUGUCGUCGACGCUAUCGACACCCUGUUAUCGUACAUAAGGAAAAACUAUCCUGAUGUGCAGAUCUACCAUGAAAAUAGACCAGACAUACCGCAAGGCGUGAAAGUGUGGAAGCCAGGACCGGAUGCGGCUAAAAUAGAUCUAGUAAUUACUCUUGGAGGUGAUGGAACUAUACUCCAUGCGUCUUCGCUGUUCAAGGUUGGGGCUGUGCCACCGGUGCUGAGCUUCUCAAUGGGCACCCUGGGUUUCUUGCUUCCGUUCCACAUCGACGACUACACGAAGGCCAUAGACAGCGCCUUCGCCGGACGUAUCACUGUCCUACAUCGAAUGCGAUUGUCAUGCACGUUCAAGGACUCUGGCGGCGACCGGAUUGAUACCAAAGCGGAAGACUGGCAAGUCAUGAAUGAGAUCGCACUCCACCGGGGGUCCAGCCCCCAUUUGAACACCAUCGACGUGUUCGUGGACGGUCAGCACCUCACGGAGGCUGUGUCAGACGGUCUGAUUGUAUCGACCCCAACGGGGUCAACGGCGUACUCGCUCUCAGCGGGAGGGCCAAUCGUGCAUCCGUCCCUGAGCGCCAUCGUGCUCACUCCGAUUUGUCCACGAAGCCUGUCGUUUCGCCCGCUUGUGUUCCCUUCUUCCUCGUCUAUCACGUUGAAGAUCAGCAAACGCUCGCGCGCACCGGCGGGGCUCUCCAUGGACGGCCAGACUUCGCAUGUUUUGAAUCCAGGCGAGUCCGUCACCGUGCGCGCCUCGCUACACCCCAUACCUUGCAUCAAUCGGUCCUCGAUUACGGAGCCGGACGAGAUGCGAGAGGCCGGAGAAGGCGCAGGUCCGGGGAAGGAGGAUGACUGGGUCCGAGACAUCAACAAUCUGCUGCAAUACAACGCAACGUUCCGGAGCAAGGCUCUGACGCGGCAUCAGAGGACGUAG